CCCCUACUAGGUAAACAUAACAAAUACAAAUAUGGCAGUCUAAGUACAACAUGUGAUGUUGUACGGUGAUGGAAAGGGGUAAAUCCUGCGAGAAGAACUCUGCCUUCGCGCGGAUUUUCAAGCCUAAACGAAGUAGAAGCGGAGGACGAGGUCUUUUUCCGUGACGUUAGUAGGUAGCGCAACAAUGCAUCCCUUGUACUAUCUCGCCGGCUUCAUCGCCGCAUCAGUAACCCCGGGCUUGGCCGCGCCCGCGGGAGCCCUGCAGGCGCGUGCCACGGCCGGGUGCGGCAAGACGCAUCUGCUCCGCGGCAUCACGACAUACCACGGUCUGAAGAGCAGCGGGCGCGACCGGAGUUACUCGGUGCACGUACCGGGCGACUACGACAAGUCCAGGCCGUACCCCGUGGUCCUCGGCUUCCACGGCUCGAGCAGCAUCGGCCUCUUCUUCGAGGUCGACACGAAGAUGAGCGAGAGCCGCUUCAGCGCGAACAAGAUCAUGGUCUAUCCAAAUGGCGUCGGGGGCGCCUGGGCAGGCGCAAACUACUCGGAGCUUUCCGUCGACGAGGAUCUGCAGUUCGUCACGGACCUUCUGACUGAGCUCCGGGACGAGUACUGCGUCGAUGAUUCUCGCAUCUAUACAACUGGCAUUUCCAACGGCGGCGGCUUCGUCAACGCCAUCGCAUGCAGUCCCGUGGGCGGCCAAUUCGCGGCCUUCGCGCCCGCGUCCGGCGCAUACUACACGGACAACGCGGGCGUGACGGGGGGAUGCAGCCCCGCCCGCAGCCCGCUCCCCGUGCUCGAGGUCCACGGCGGCAGCGACGCGAGCGUCCUGUACGACGGGGGCGUGGGCGAGGGCGGGAUCGAGCCUGCUAUCCCUACGUGGCUGGGGUGGUGGGCGGAGCGGAACGCGUGCACCUCGUCGAAGGUCGAGGAUAGCUUUGAUGGGGACGUGCACCAUACUACGUGGACGUGCGCGGAUGGCGUGGAAGGUGUUUUGCAGCAUUGGAAGAUUGAUGAUAUGGGACAUUGCUGGGCUUCUACCGAGAUCAACUUUUCUCAAAUCUCUGUCCUCGAGGGGCCGACGCAUAUCCAGGCUUCGCAGAUCAUUAUGGAUUUCUUCGACAAGUUCACGAAGCCUUAGAACGAACCUCUGCUUUGAAAACAUGUACUACUACUAUGUAGAGUGGUGAAUGAGUAAUAAUCAGGAUAUAUCACAUAAGGAAUAUGAAUCUUUGCAGUACAUCUACUCGCUGCGCUUAACGCCCUAAAUCAAAAUAAUAUCCACCUCUGAGACGGACGACGAUGAUUGAUUCCAAGUUGUGAUAACAUAUAUCAUAUAUCAUAACCUACACGUUGUGCGCCACCCAGAAUAUUUCAUUUACAACUACAAAGG